ACUACAGGAGCGGGGACGUUGGCGAGAUCACGGACAUCGUCACGGAGCCGGACGGCGAAGAGAGGGCCAUGAUCCAUUGGCAGCGGACCAACCACCGGAGCGCCGCGGAGCUCUCUGCACUGGGGAAGAGAUUCGCGCGGGUGCGGGAGGAGGUGGGCGCUGUCCCGAUGCUGGUCGGGUCGACCACCUCGGGCUACCUGUUCGCUCUGGCGCUCGACAGUGGCGAGGAGCUUUGGGCCAUCAAGGCAUCCGACGAGAUCGCAGGCGUGAAGGGAGCCGUCUCCGGCAAGAACGGCAUCGUAGUGGCUGCCACCAAGCGUUGCACCGAUCGGUACUGCUACAAGUACCGGAAUCAGACCAACCCUUUUGUCCCUGGGAAUCAGGUGAUUUUGGGCCUGAUCGCCGCAGACGGAAGCGCGGCCUGGCAGUUCAAGCCGCAGUCGCCAGUCUGGAAUUUUGUGCCCCAGUAUGGCAAGGACAACGACACCCUCAUGUUCAACGAUUUUGAGGGCACCACGUACUGUUUGGACCUCUUAACGGGUGCCCUUUUGUGGCAGCACGACGGUUCCAUGGGCACGUAUACCCAGGCGAACGCAGUGUAUUGGCCGACUGGGAAUAUGAUCUUCGCGGUGGGCGUAGCAGAGUACGAUCACAGGUUUUGCAACCCGUUCCCGGCCCCUGGCAUCCUCCCCCAUUGCGGCACCUGGCCCGGGUCCCCGGGAUGGGUCCGCGCACUCAAUGCGACCUCCGGGCGGCUGAAGUGGGAGUCCGACACCCCGGAGCCGCCGGCGAGUGCUGGCGUGGGCAUGAUGCACCAGCCGAAGCACACGCGGCUCAUCCUCACCAUGGGGCACAAUUGUUGGCACAACUCGCCUUCCCAGAUCUGGGCCUUCGACCCACAGAACGGGGCCUUCCGUUGGUCGAGAAUCGGCCCGACGCUGUGGAGCAACCACUGCGCGGGGGACCUCGAGGGCGGCGACAUCCGCAGGGCCAUGGGCGGCCGCGCGACUUGCUCGCCGGGCGCGUGGUCGGCGCCAGCGAUCGACGCCUUCGGCGACCUUUACAUCGGCAGCCAGGUCGGGGAGCUUCAGAGGUGGGGCUCGCUGGACGGCAGCACGGGAGCCCGUGGCAUCACGCUGCUCUCCACGCUGACCACGGGAGUGGCCUUCCAGGACCAGGCCAUCUCGUUCGCCCCUGGCCUCAUGGCCGUAGCCACCUGCACCUCCCUCGUCGUCUUCCAGACGAGCGACGGCGAGCCCAGCAUCCCCUCCGACGUGGAUCUCGGGUCCGGCGCGGAGUAUUGAGCUGGGAUAAGCCUGUGGAUGCCUCGGUCGUUCGAUCUCGCUCCUUUGCCUCGGGCUCUGCUUAGACCCUACACGCCGGUCGUUGGAAGCAGGUUGUUCGGGGUCCCCGGAUCCCAACCUACUUCAAGCGCCUUCCUACUUCAAGAAUCGAUAUGCGUUUGCUGUGUUUAGUUCUUCUCUGGGAGGGCCUGAGCCCCAUCUACUUGAUCCGCCUUCCUACGUCAUGCUUUCACCUACGUCUUCCGACCGUCGUGUACCUCCUAUGCCUCUCACCUGUCAGUUCAAGUCUGCCCACUGGUCGCAGAUUGUGCGCGGUGGUGCUGGUCGAGCCGAAAGUGAGCAGGUUUCUUUGGGCGAGUCUGCUGCUCUGCUGUGGUCCCUGGUUUGCAUGUUCAGCGGACUGAUGAUUGAUCUGGUUCGGAUGCACACCACCGUUGGCGUCGUCGUUA